CUGUUUUGCAGAGUGUGGUGAGACAAGAGGCGCGCGGGUCGGUGGAAACUUUCUCCUGCAUGAUCCCAUCGGGUCCCCGGUGCAGCCCACCCCCAGCCCCCCAUCAUUAAACGCGGUGACCCACUCUGGAUUACUCACCUUGGAGAAAAAGCGGAGCUUUUUGAAGCAAAAGUGCGUCUGGAUCGCUGUUAUUUCUGCUCAGCGCAGUUUCCGGAUAUUUGUGCUUACUGUUUUUGGGAAUUUUUUUCAAUGUUUAUCUUUUAAAUUACAAACAAAACCAAAGAAAAAAAAAACUUUGUCGUAUCCUACCGCACCAGCCAUAACAUGGACACAUUUAGACAAGGGUGAAGUCUUCGUAUUUGGAGAGAGGUUGAGCUCUGUGCUCGAGUUCAACAGGGCCACUUCCUGAUGAUGACAGUAAACAUGGAUGACGGUCUCCCGAAUGGACCCGGACAGCACAGGAACACACCAGAUGACGAGGAGGCGCUCAACUCCAUCAUGAAGGAUCUGGCCGCUUUGGGCCGCUACUCCAGCCACAAGCACAAGAACAGAACCUUACUCUACAAGCAGGAUUUAAGAGUCAAGCUGGAGCAUGAGAGAGAAAAACGGAUCAUACCGUUUCAGAGGCCGCUGAAGAUCAAGGAGCUUCUGCAGAAAGUCACAGAGGCCUUUGGUCAGCAGAUGGAACUUUUCUUUACAGAGAAUGAGCUGCUGCUGCCCCUGAAGACCCAGGAAGACCUGGAUCAGGCGGUGUUGUCUCUGAGCAGCACUUCUGGAACCAACGGGCUGCUCAGGAUACUACUGAAGACCCCUAAAAACAACCAUUAUCUACAGGUGAACACACGGGACAAACAGAGCGAGAUGAAGUCGUCACGGUCAUUAGGGGACCUGAAGGGCUCUCUGCUUAAAGGCUCAGAGAGAGUGCGCAAACACUCAACAGGUUCCCUCCACACUGGUCGAACAUCUCCUCCUCCAGGCAGCGUUCCUGAAGAGCAGCAGCAGAUUGCUCGUCAGGGCUCGUACACCAGCAUCCACAGUGAGGGGGAGUUUAUCCCAGAAACCUCAGAACAGCAUAUGCUGGAUCCCUUCGGCAGCGCGGGCAAUUCUCUGUCGAGCAGCUGUCAGUCAAUAGAUCAAGCUCUAGACAGCCCUCCUUACUCACAAAACAACAGGGACAAUAAUUACCUGAACCUCAACUACGAAUACAAAGGUCGACACCCGAAAGGAGGAACUUUUCCACGGCAAUUCCAGUUGCCCAACCGCAGCAAGGAUUAUGGAGAUCGUCGCAGGACACUCCCGCGCAGCUUCAUGCCCCAGGAGAACCUCUUCCAGCUGGUUCCCUCCAGUCGCACGCGCAGUUAUAACGGAGACGGCUCGCUGACAUUCAGCGACCUGCGCUCGCUGGGCCGUACGGCAGACAAGAGCUGCCAGAGGGGCACAGCCAAAUCCCCGCGGGCGCCAGUCAACUGGCGGCAGGGAAAGCUUCUGGGGCGAGGAGCGUUUGGGGAGGUCUACCUCUGCUAUGAUGCAGACACGGGCCGUGAGCUGGCUGCCAAGCAGGUGCCGUUUGAUCCGGACUGUCAGGAAACAAGCAAGGAAGUAAAUGCUCUAGAGUGCGAGAUUCAGCUGCUGAAGAACCUGCGUCACGAGAGGAUCGUCCAGUACUACGGCUGUCUCCGAGACCUGGAACAGAGAAAACUCACCAUUUUUGUAGAGUUCAUGCCCGGGGGCUCUAUAAAGGACCAGCUGAAAGCCUACGGGGCUCUGACGGAGAAGGUGACUAGAAGAUACACCAGGCAGAUCCUUCAGGGAGUUUCCUACCUGCACAGCAACAUGAUUGUACACAGGGACAUCAAAGGUGCUAACAUCCUAAGAGACUCCUCAGGGAACGUGAAGCUCGGAGACUUCGGAGCCAGCAAACGGAUCCAAACCAUCUGCAUGUCUGGAACAGGAAUCAAGUCCGUCACUGGCACCCCCUACUGGAUGAGCCCCGAGGUCAUAAAUGGGGAGGGAUACGGCCGGAAAGCUGAUGUCUGGAGCGUCGCCUGCACUGUUGUUGAAAUGCUGACUCAGAAACCUCCCUGGGCCGAGUACGAGGCCAUGGCCGCCAUUUUUAAGAUCGCCACCCAGCCCACCAAGCCCAUGCUGCCAGAGGGCGUGUCCGAAUCUUGUAGGGACUUCCUGCGGGAGGUGUUUGUGGAGGAGAAGUGGCGCCCAACAGCAGAUGUUCUGCUCAGCCACCCGUUUGUCCAGGGUAGCUUCUGAUGAAGCUCCACCAGUCUCCACCAGCCCCCCCCCCCCAAACCUCCCUGCCCACCUACAUGGUCUAUAUGGUCCUGGGUCCUCCCCUUCUUCGCGUUACCCGGUUCCAGGGUUCAGAAACACUCCAUCUUCCCUGUCCUAUGCCUCCUUCAGUUCUCAGAACCCUGCUCAACACAGACUGUAUGCCGUAAGGCAAAGCUGACUGCGGGUGGACCUCAGGUGUCCAUAGCUGAUGUCUCAGAAGGGGCCCGCUAAGAUGGCACUUUGAGGUCUCAAAGGAUCGGGGUCAACAAUCUUUACGGAGAGAAAAGGAAAAGUGUCCAAACGUGGAGCAAAGAGACGGUCUCUCCAAGCCCGUUUAUCGUCUCAUUUCAGCGUAUCCACGUUAAGUUGACACUGUGACUUAAUGGUGAUGCAGCUCACACCUGAUAGUACUGUAACUUACUCAUCAGCUUAAAACUGCUGAGUGAAUUUAAGAUGGAAAAAUAUUUUUUAUACCACAUGAACGGUCAUUUUUGAUCCGAUUUCUACAGUCACCUUUUGGACAAAAGUAAUGCAUUUUUGUCAAGGCCUUACAAAAGCAAUUUGUAAGUAUGAAUGUCUUUUUUUUUUUCUAACUGCCUUUCCUUUCUUUAUUAGCACUCCAAACUCCCAAUUUAGAAGGAUUUAAAAAAAAAAAUGUUGCACUUUGAUGUCAUGUAUUCAAACAUUUACAUGUUGGAGAUAAUCAGCUGAGGAGAUAUUUUUCUAUUUUUUUGUUAUGUUGAAUUUCGACAACAACAUUUGCAUCUGUGUGCAAUGUCUUUGAAGCAAUAACAGCACUGCUGUCUGAGUCAGAUAUCAUCAUUCCAUCUCACCGUCAGGUGAGCCUUGUUCCAUUUUUUCAUUGGCCAAAGAAGAUUUGCAGAACAUGCAGUAUUAGUCACAGCCAAUUGUUUUAUUUUUGUUCACCUCAAAGCCCUGAAGCCUUUUUCUCCGUUAUGGCAGCUUUGUGCACUUUGGACUGCACAGAUUGAACCAGAUGCAUUGACGUUACUGUGGUGUUUUAAAUGUCCACAGGGUUCCAUAACAGUUUUGGACUUUUCCAGGCUCACAUUCUGGAUCUCUUGGUCCUAUUGAACCUAUGUUUAAAAGCAAAGUAUGAAUUUAACAGUUCACUUUGAACUUUCUGCAAUGGGAUGGAUGAAUGGUUAGAUGAACAGUGGAAUGGAUGAAAAGGUGUGUGGAUGGCUGGAAAGUUAAAUGGAUGGGUGGAUGUUCAGAUGGAAAGAAAAUGGGCAGGUGAGAUGGAUAAAGGAGAUAAUAGAUCUUAUUGAUUGAUGGAUGAAAGGAUAAAUGUAUAAAUUACUUUUAGACAGCGGAACAGGGAAUAAAAUCUAGAAAUGGGAACAUUUUCCCAUACUUUUCCAGAUUGAGACCUUGGAAACACUUAAACCAGACUGUUAAUAAGAACCCUGCAUUAAGGAAAGCAGAUUGAAUUUCUGAUUUGGUUUGCAAGUUCAGUCCACAAUCCAGACGCGCUUUCCUUUAGCUCUAAUCAAACAGAGCGUGUGUGACCCCCCCACAGAACUGAAGAGUUUUCUUUAGCUGAAAACUCAGAUGCAGCUAUGAUACAGCGGCACUUAAGGAGCGAUCAAAUGUCUUUAACCCUUAUUAGUGCCUUAUCAGUUUCUCUUUAAAAACAAAGACCCUCACUGCCAAAGCCAAGAGCCUCCCUGUCGCUCUGUUAAGAGCACAUCCAGGGUUCACUGAAGUUCACUUAUUCUGUACAUAUAUUGUUCUGCACUUUUAUAUGCAUUAUAAACAGAUCUAUUUGAUGAGUAGAGUCUGAGUUAUACAGCAGACUGUACUGCAAGUAGAAAAAAAGAUCAACUAGAAUGUGUAGGAAUGUCUGAGAAUUGGCAGGCGAUAUAAAAAGACUGGAAGGCUUUUGAUUGAGACAGAGCUUGAUUUGUUUGAGAUGACAAAGCCUUGAAACAUGAAAUGUAUCAAGUAAUCCAUCUUUUGUACAUUUAACUUAAUAAAUCUGAGUUC